UGCUGAUUGAAAUGUUAAUGCUUUGGGAAGGGAUUCAGUUUCAUGAGUGGACCGUGAAGUCUUCCUCCUGCCUGCGGCUCCUCUGCUGGGGUGGAAUGUUGCCCCGACCUCUUCCUAUUGGCCCGGCGUGUUUGUCCAGGUGUCUGCCUCUUCCAUAAAAGACGGGGAUCGCUGGACCCAGCGCGUGUUUGGCAAGUGCUGCAGCAAAGAAAAAUGACACAACGUGUUUAUUUGGUGGUUUUACUUUUGUGUCUCGGAUUAAUGUGUCCUCUUGUAACUGGAAUUUUUAUGGACAAGCUUGCCAGCGAGAAGCUGUGUGCUGAUGACGACUGUGUCUAUACCAUUUCCCUUGCCAGAGCAGAAGAGGAUUAUAAUGCUCCAGACUGCAGAUUCAUUAAUAUUAAAAAAGGGCAGUUGAUUUAUGUUUACUCAAAACUAGUGAAAGAAAAAGACUCUGGAGAAUUCUGGGCCGGAAGUGUUUACGGAGAACAGUAUGAAGACCAUAUGGGGACAGUUGGUUAUUUCCCUAGCAGUUUAGUCUCAGAACAACAUGUCUAUCAAGAAGCAAAUAAGACUGUUCCUACAACGUGCUACUACUUCUGAACCAUGGAAUCACACUGAAUAAAACAAGACUCAACACAAUAGACUCUGUGUACUAUAAAGCGGUGUUGUAUUGCCUGCCUUCUCUUGAUCACUUAAAAUCGGCCAUUUGGUGGCCAAGAUGAGAGUACUUUCAUUACCAGUAAGCAUCUGCUGUGAAAUAGUUCCCUGUUUUCUGCUUCCAGUGGACAGCUAUAUGUGAUGCGCUGGUCUAACGUAAAUGUCAUACAGUUUGAGCACCACAGGGUGGUAAUUCCCUGCAGCAGAACCGAGAUCUACAUAAUGGUAUAAGAUAAUUGCAGGAAGUUAAAUGGAAGCAAUAUGCUGUGGAAGUCUAUCCCACACUGGAAGCUUUCAAGCAGAAUACUGGCAUUUAUUUUCUAGUCACAUUUUUCCAUAGCAAGCGUGUUGCGUAGCUUCAAUCUAAGGCAUCCUUUUCAUGUUUGAUUAGGAACUGUUUAAAGAUAAAGAGUUACAUAGGACUAAUAAAUCCAAGUAUGGAUGUGGGAAUAGAAAACAAAAAAGGGAGAUAAAGGAAUCAUUUGAAAUUAUGAGAGAAGGUAGUAUUGCCUAAUAAAAAAUUAAAAAAUUUAUGGCAGGAGCAUGUCAUCCCAGCUAUGCAAAAAAGAAUCAAAAGACAAAAGACCUUUUUCUUUUCCAGAAUGCUUUGAGUACAUUAUGGUGCACUUUGAGUACAUUUUAGUAUAUUCUGUAUUUGCAUCUAUUCAUGUAGCUUUGGGGGGUGAUAAAGGAACAUGAAUCCUUUAGUAAUCUCAAAACAUAUUUCCUUUU